UUAGGUGAUGUUCAUAGAAGGCUUAUGGCUCGACGGAAAACGCAUAAGGGAACUAUGCUUGAGUACGUAUAUGAAAUGCAACGCAUAGCUCGUGACGCCGAUAUUGACGAAUGCAGCCUAAUCGAAUACAUCGUGGACGGCGUGACCCAUGAAACAAGAAUGCGUGCGUCACUGUAUCGAACGAGCAACAUGACCGAGCUAAAGCAGGAAUUGUUAUUCCUUGAAAGAGCAGAAGCCAAAAGAACAUCGGAAAAGAGUGUUACGCGAGUUGAACCAAGAAAUCAACGAAAAUGUUACAAUUGUGGCGAUGUCGGACAUGAAGCUAAGAAGUGUGUUAAAGAAGAAAACCCGAAAAAAUGCUUCGAGUGUGGUGGUGUUGGUCAUCGAGCAAGGGAAUGUUAUUCUCGAACAAAAGGACCGAAAUGUUAUUCGUGCGGUGAGCGCGGCCACGUGUCGAACAGUUGUCCAAGAAAUCGAAACAGGCACAAUCCUGGGAAUACGAACCUCGUUUCGAGUGAAAAUAGUGGAACUGUUGACAUGCGCAUCGGGCAAUACUAUUUCAAAACGCUUUUUGACACCGGCAGCGAAUAUAGUUUGUUACAAUACAGUGUUAUGAACAAAAUCGGUAGCCUAUUGUUGGCAAAGACCGACAUGGUAUUCAACGGUUUUGGUGGGAAAAAAACAAAGGCAUUGGGUCGGGUAGAAACCGAAGUGUGUAUCGACGGGCAAAAUUAUCCGGUAAUGUCUUUUUAUGUGGUCCCAGACAAUAGCAGUGUUUACGAAGUGAUUUUGGGAAGGGAUGCGUUGUGUGCGAUGGACGCCUUGGUAACUGCGGAGGGCGUUAAACUAAAACCAAGAGUGAGCGAGAAUCAGGAACAAUGCGAUGUGUUGUGUGCGAAUGCCUUGACGAUAAACGGCGCAAAGGAAGUAUCAAUACACCAUCAGUAUCGGAAUGAGAUAGGGCAAAUGAUCGAGGAUUUCAAAGAUAAAGAGAAAACCAACUCGGAAUGGUCAAGUAAAAGUCCGGUUGAACUGGAAAUCGUUCCCGAUGGACAAAUAAUGCCAUUCAGGCAUGCGCCCAGCAGGCUGCCUUUCGUGCAGGAACAAGCAGUAAACAAACAAAAGUUUUGGAUCCCUCAUUUGGAGUUGAAGGUGCGACAACACAUUGGCAAUUGUGUUCCGUGUAUUUUGCACAAUAAGAAGCUUGGAUUGAAGGAGGGUCACCUUAGUCCUAUUCCGAAAGGGGACGUGCCUUUGCACACACUUCAUAUGGACCACGUAGGCCCCAUGGAUACCACAGCGAAACAAUACAGGUAUAUUCUAACAAUAGUUGAUAGUUUUUCUAAAUUUGUUUGGUUAUACCCCACACGUACUACAACUGCUGAGGAAGUACUACGGAAACUGGAGUGUUGGUCAGCCGUGUAUGGAAAUCCGACAAGGAUUAUCACCGAUAGAGGAUCAGCGUUCACGUCCAAUACAUUUGCUGCGCACGUUCAGAACCAGGGUAUCGAGCACAUCGUUUCUACUACCGGAGUGCCACGGGGAAAUGGACAAGCGGAGCGAGUUAACCGGACGGUUAUAGAAAUGCUGGCGAAACUAUCGACAGAAGAUCCGUCAAAAUGGUUUAAGUGGGUGAACCGAGUGCAACGUGCGAUAAAUGCGUAUUAUCAUUCAACAACGGGCAAAACACACUUUGAACUGAUGUUUGGCGUGAAGAUGAAAAAUAGCAGUGAUGAUCAGCUGAGGGAAAUUAUAAAUAAAGAAUGGUAUGAAUAUCAUGAUAACGUAAGGCAGGAAUUGCGAAAAGACGCUCGUAUUGCUAUAGAACCAGCGCAGCGGCGCUACAAGGAUCAAUUCGAUAAGAAACGAAAACCUGCGUCAGGGUAUAAGCUAGGAGAGUUGGUAGCUAUCAAACGAACGCAAUUUGUUGCUGGUAAGAAACUUGCUAGCGAAUACUUGGGUCCCUACGAAAUUAUGCAUGUAAACCGCAACGGGCGGUAUCGCGUUAGGAAAGUAGGACUUGGCGAAGGACCGCUAGAGACGAGUACAAGUGAAGAUAAUAUGAGGCUAUGGGCUUAUGCGUUAACAGCAGAAGAGGGAGAUGAUGAAGAUCAAGGGUCUGACUUCAAUCAGGACGACCGGAUGUAAAAUCAAAAACGUUAGUUGGGUAGCAGGCAGGAUCACCCUGUACCGAGUAAAAUGAGAAGGAUCACCUUGGGCAGAGGAUGAAAAGUAGAUCAGUAGCGAAA